UCCAGCGACAUCGAUUUCAUCUAACUAAGAAUUGUGCGAUGAAAGUUAUGAUCGCUCUCGUUUGCAUUUGCUUAUUUUUUUCGAUUGGUAACGCGGAACGCGCUCAGAAAAUUGAAAAAAUUUGGAACGAUAAUGAAGGGGUAUGGUGGCCGAUUCUCGAAGACUGGGCAGUUAGUGGAAAUAAUAGGCAAGGACGAGUUAUGAUGAUACCCAUAUCUCCAAACGCCUAUGUGGCAGAAGAAAAAGCGGGCAAUGUUACGAGGGAGAGCAAAGUAGUUCCAGGGAAAAUCGUGUCGACUAACGGAGUUCCAGGGAACUUGGUACCGGCCUACACGAAUAAUUAUGUGAAUAAGAAACCGCUUGGCAGGCAAGUUUCGGAAACAGACCUGUAUCUACUGGGUGCUAUUGAGAAACUGGUGUACAAGGUGGACUUUAUGGAGAAAAGGCUAAGGAGGGUUGAGGAAAUGCUGUAUUAUGCUAUGGCUGGAAACAGAAUAGAUACAGAACCAUGUCAGGAAAACUUCACCAAGGUUGGAUCGGAUUGUUACCAUUUCAACAGUGGAACUGGAAGAGAAUUUGACUGGAAAGUAGCAAGCAAACAUUGCAAGAAAUUAGGCGGAUUUUUGGCAGAGAUGGAAACAAUUGAAGAAAAUCAAGAUCUCAUAACUUACAUCCUAGGCAGUCAGAUUUUACGAGGUAGGGACUUCUGGGUGGGCGGCCUCAACCCCGGCCUCCUUUGGAUCUGGAGCCACAGCGCCCGUCCAGUCGCCGCCCCUGGCUCGCAGACCAACAAGGAGAACCCCUCGGCCGCCAUCCAGGGCGAGGGGCGGUGUCUCAGGAUCGCCUACAACCCCGCGCUCAGGGCGUACGCCUACAAGGGCACUGACUGCUCGCUCAGGUACAAUUUCGUGUGCGAGGCCCCGGAGACCACGUCGAGCAACGAGAUCAGGCGAUUGGGACGGGAGAGAAAGAUAUUCGGAGAUGAACUGUGAAAGGGAGAACAAAAUGUUGGAAUUUUGACAUUUUUCAGUUUUGAGUCUCUGAUGUCGGUUAUUAUAUUUUCUUUCUGAUGGUAUUGAAAAUGAUUUCAAAAUUUUUGCAUUUUUCAUUUUUGCGUCUCUUUUUCAUUUUCUUCAUGGAAUAUAUUCAUAAUUAAGUAUACAAACUCUCUUUUUCUGAAUAAUACAUUUUCCAAAGUCGAGAUCUAGUACCAAAGAAAUAUAGAAUUCACCCCAUUAUGCCAUGAAUGCCCAAUAAAAAAAACUUGAAAAUAUAGAAGAUGUGUUAGUUCGCGUACAGACUUUUUAUCAUCAUAAUAUAAAUUAUUAUUAUUUAUUAU